GCCGGAGACCUGGGGUGGGUCUUGCGUUCAACAAAAGGAAACGUACUGUUUCGGCGAGUCUCACUCUGCUUUCUAGAACACUGUCUCUCACAUUUGGUUCGCUUGAGCUCCCUCAACGCCACAUCGGUAGACAAAGCUUUUUUUCGCAAGUCUCUCUGCACCGAAGCUGGACGGCCGUUUUAUAGACGGGAUGCAGACCCCGGCCGCUGCACGAUCAAGAGACGCGGAAAACAGGUUCGUCCUGUAGAGAAGCGUCAUCGAAAACAGAGACAUGGACACUGCGCGUCCCUUUUCGGCGAGAAGGAUGCGUUUCUCUCCAGAGAUGCGCAUACGCGCAGGUCGGCAGAGGAGACGCGCCGAUCGCAACAACAGGAACGCAAAACGUUCCUCGCGUUCGGCGUAUUCUCCCAUCUCUCACGCGGCCUCAAGCAGAGACACUCGCGGGCCUUGCAGUGUUCAAAACUGCGAAGGCAGUCGAUUGUGCCGACGUGUACGCACCGCCAGCAAGUCUCGGCGCCUGGAGCGUCAAAGCAAGCGCGAGUGCAGGAAGAAUCACUGUCCUCGGGCGCGUGGAACGCGUCUUCGGAAACGCGUACGAAAAGGGAAGAGCCACAGAAGACCGCCCCCUUCUAGCUGUGGGCGCUGCUCUCUGAACUGCAUGCAUGUACAUUCGUGUUCGGAGCGAGGGAAGGUCGCUUUCUCUGUUUCCGCGAGCUGCGACACCUCGCAGAUGUCCACUCUCUCUUCGAAUCCACGAAAAACGAGUUGGACUUUGAUAUGCUGGUCAAAUAUUCUCAGACUCUCCGGUUUUUUUCGUCGCUGCAUGCGGCUGUACAGGUCGCCGUGGCGACAGGGUUGCAGGCAGCGCGUUUUCUGCUCUCGACCGAGCAUGCAAAUAGUACACGAGAGCUACGAAAAAGUUCCGACUGCUCAAGCGCCCGCCCAACAUCCCUCAUGUUAAACAACACUGAGUCGAGCAUGCGCUCUGUCCUCACCACAUUUUUCGGUUCGUCUCCG